GUUAAAUAAGUAAAAUUAAAGUUUAUAUAUUUAUAAAUGACUAAGAGCACAUUAAGAUGGUUUGUUUUAUAGGGUACAUUUCAUUUCUUUAUAGGGGGAAAGAUGUGAUGUUAUGAGUACAAUAUGUUAAGAACUCCAUUACCCAGCAUGCCACAGCAGUUGUGAGCAUGUGCAGAAGCCUCGGGUAAGGGAGGGGUUUGUUGUGCUUAUGGAGUUGUGUUGCUUUAAAAGAGUGGCGAGGUUCGCGUUGGUGGGCGGGGCUGAAGAGCUGCGUGGAUGCCCUGUGUUUGUUUAAUAUCGCCGUCACUGAGGAAAGUAAAGCAAGGACCAUGACAGCUCCAUUCAGAUCACUUAUUGAAGAUUAUUCAAGAUACCUCAAAUCAUUUGAACUCUUUCUGGAUCGCUCAUCACAGCACCAAUGUAUGCAGGACUUCAUCCAUAAUACUCUACCAGACAUACUGGGAAGCAUUGGUGGAGGACGGCCCGUUUUUAAUGUAAUGGGUGUAGGGAGUGGAGCAGGUGAGAUUGAUCUAGAGAUGCUAGCACAGCUACACAUGAAACAUCCGCAAGUCAAAGUCGACAAUGAAGUGGUGGAACCGAGCACUGACAUGUUACACAAGUAUAAAGGUCUGGUGUCAAAAACGCCAAAUCUUGAUUAUAUUAACUUCACUUGGAAUAAGAUGACAGCUUCAGAAUUUGAAAAACACUGGCAGGAUGAAAACCUUGGGGAAAAGAUGGACUUCAUUCAUUUGAUACAGAUGCUGUAUUAUGUGAAAGAUCCAGAGGCCACUGUCUCAUUUUUCCGGAGUCUGUUAGAUGAAGAUGGAAAACUCUUAAUCAGUUUGGUGUCAGGUGAGGGUGGAUGGGGAAAAUUAUUGAGGACCUACAGAGCUGCUCACUGUAACACUGAGAUCAACCAAUGUGUUACUAUUGGAGAUAUAAAGACCUUCUUGGAUACCAAGGACAUCCCAUACACUAAAUAUGUGCUUCAGUCCCAUAUGGACAUCACAGAGUGUUUUACAGAGGGAGAUGAGGUCGGAGAACUGCUGCUGGAUUUCCUAACUGAUGUGGUAGAGUUUAGUAAGAACGCUCCGGAGCACCUGAAGAAAGGAGUGCUGGACUUACUGAGACAUCCAGACUGCAGUAAACAGGUGGACGGCAGGAUAAUAUUCAACAAUAACCUGGAAGUCUUAGUGGUUGAGUCGUAGCACCAUGACUCCUUAAUAUCUGACCGACCUCCGAAGGACUUUUGUGUUUAGCAUUCAAUUUUUAUGCCAGUGCACAAUGUGUCCUAUAUUUUUACAUUUUGAAUGUAUGUAACUGAAAUAUGGUGGUCUGACUUAUCAUAACUUAAAAAACUUAACCAUAAUUGCGUAGCCUGGGCAUCCUAAUAAUAUACACACACAUUUUCGUUUAAAUAAAGGUCUAUGAAGAUUAUAGAUUGCAAUAGAAAUCGCAUGACCUUAAAGUAAAACCCCCAGUAUGAUAAACCAUGUAAAUACUUGUCAAAAUGAAAAUAUGCCUUGUUAGCAAAGUACAAAUGUGUAUUGAGUUAUUUACUGAAAAGCUCAAAGUAUGAUUUUACUAUGACUUUUUGAUGAGGUAGGAUUCGGAUUGUAGAUGUAUGAUGAAAACGUAGCUGUAUCCCUUCUAGCCACAACCGUGAGCCGUGGACUUAGCCGUUGGUUGCAAUUCGCAAUCUCACCGCUAGAUGUCGCUAAAAUCUACACACAGCACUUGUAAUUACGAUGUGGUAAUACAAAUGUUAAUCAGUCUACCAAAAACAUUACUUUUACUGUUUAAAUAACCAUGUUUAAGGCAGGCUAAUGGUCAACCUGCAGACACAGCAGUCAUGUGAUGUCAUCGCCAACAUGGCGGCUCCCACAAUUAAUAAUAUUUUAAUUAUGUAAGUCGUGGUUUUUGUCUCUACCUUUAAUCAAGAUGUCACUUUUUGAUAUAUUUUUACAUAUGUCUGAAUUUGAUCAAUAAACAUGUCGCAGUGUCGCAAUAAAUAAUGAUGUGUUAAAAUUA